GGUGUCAACACUUCCUGUUUAGGGUUUUCGCCUUUAACAAAGAUGGUGCUUAUGGGGCAGGUUCCCUAACAGUCAGGAUUCCGGUUGCAGUUUUUCUCCCCCGCCCCAAAGAUACGUGGUUGCAGACGGAGAAAUGGAGACCAGAGACAAGCAAGUACUCCGCUCACUUCGCCUGGAGCUGGGUGCAGAGGUAUUGGUGGAGGGACUGGUUCUUCAGUACCUCUACCAGGAAGGAAUCUUGACGGAAAACCAUGUUCAAGAAAUCAAUGCUCAAACCACAGGCCUCCGGAAAACAAUGCUCCUGCUGGAUAUCCUACCUUCCAGGGGCCCUAAAGCAUUCGAUACAUUCCUAGAUUCCCUACAGGAGUUUCCCUGGGUCAGGGAGAAGCUGAAGAAGGCAAGGAAAGAGGCCAUGACCGACCUACCUGCAGGUGACAGAUUGACUGGAAUCCCCUCGCACAUCCUCAACAGCUCCCCAUCAGACCGGCAGAUUAACCGGCUGGCCCAGAGGCUGGGUCCUGAGUGGGAGCCCGUGGUGCUGUCUCUGGGACUGUCCCAGACAGAUAUCUACCGCUGUAAGGCCAACCACCCCCACAACGUGCAGUCGCAGGUGGUAGAGGCCUUCGUCCGUUGGCGGCAGCGCUUCGGGAAGCAGGCCACCUUCCAGAGCCUGCACAACGGGCUGCGGGCCAUGGACGUGGACCCCUCACUGCUCCUGCACAUGUUGGAGUGAUGGUGCCUCCACCAACCGCUGGGGAGUGAGUCCCUGAGUCAUGUGGCUGAAUCCUGACUUUCACUCAGAGCAGGUGGAUUUUUGUGUAGGUUUGUUUUUUAUUUUUAAUGAUCCUCAGAUGGAAGGAGAAAACAGGGUUUCCACUAGACGUUAUUUGAAAGGCCAGAUUACUCAGCAGAUCUCUCACGGUGGCUCAACAAUUCUUUGUUUUUAAUUGCUUGAAGAUUGCAUUGUUGUAAUUGUUCAGUUUUUAAAUGUGUAAUGGCAUUUUAAUAGACUAUUAAAUCACAGUGGUUCAAAAAUAUAUAUAUAUAUAUCAUGUCAUCACAUUACAAGCAGGUGUCUCAUAUGUAAAACAUUUACCUGAAUGUUGUCUGAGGACUGAACUGUGGACUUUACUAUUCAUAAUGAUAAAAUAAUAAAAUGUGAAUUACUACAUAUAAUGUGCCUCAUUCAUGA